ACUGCUCUUCCCCUCAAGGGUACGCCUGCCUUCUCUUCUACGGAAAAACCGGCUGUUCCUUUGUUCCGAUCCUCUCUGCCUCCUCCGAGGGUUAGGGUUUUUUUUUUUCCCAUCGAUCUAAGAAAAAGAAGAAGAAGAUGAGUUCCACGGCUUCGACCAAGGGCGGCAGGGGCAAGCCCAAGUCCUCCAAGUCUGUCUCCCGGUCCCAGAAGGCGGGCCUCCAGUUCCCCGUUGGCCGGAUCGCUCGCUUCCUUAAGGCUGGAAAGUACGCCGAGCGCGUCGGUGCCGGCGCUCCCGUCUAUCUCUCUGCCGUCCUCGAGUACCUCGCUGCUGAGGUUCUGGAGUUGGCUGGGAAUGCGGCAAGGGACAACAAGAAGAGUAGGAUUGUUCCGAGGCACAUCCAGCUUGCGGUGAGGAAUGAUGAGGAGCUUAGCAAGCUUCUUGGGACGGUGACUAUUGCUAAUGGUGGUGUUUUGCCUAAUAUUCACCAAACUCUGCUGCCUAAGAAGGUGGGGAAGGAGAAGGGGGAGCUUGGGUCUGCAUCACAGGAGUUCUAGAUGUCUAACAAUCUCCAGAUAAUUUAGUAAAGGAUGGCGAUAUUUCUCUUUGGGGUUUUUAUGCCAGUGGUAGUGAUAAUUUGAUGUAUGAAUCAAGUUAACUGGUUGCUGUACCUUUUUUAUGUUGAAUCAAACCAUACCCUUUUCUUUAUACAAGGAAAAUAAGUCAAGAAGUUGAUAUUUUUGUUUU